AUGACGCUGUGUGUACUGAAAAAUAAUACAAUAGUGUCGGCCGUUGGUACAAUGUGUACGAAUUACAAUUAUAGAAAAGUGAAAGAAGAUCGCGAUUUAAAUAAUAUCGAUGAGAGGAAUUUAACUCUCUGUAAAGAAAUUACGGCAAAUUGUCAGUUGCAUGAUAUAUUUGAUCGGCAGCCAUAUUUAGUUGAUAUUUUUGAAAAUUAUACUGCGCAAAAAUUACAUGGUUCAAGCUUAUUUUUUUGUUUUAUGGUUUCGGUAAUGCAUUGGUCAGAUGAAUCAAAAUUAUACAAAGAUGACAGCAACGAUUAUGUUCCACCUAAACUUUUUGGUAUUUUACGUGGUGCAAGUGUAUCGAAUAAGAGUAAAUAUAUCAAAACAAUACGUGAAGCAUUUGCUUUUGUUGAACGCUAUUAUCGUGAUGAACUAAAAGUUAAUGGUGAUUUUCAUUCAAGUUGUAUUGAAGACGUGACCGAUGCUAAACUGACUGAUUCUCUGGAGAAGUCGGUAUUUGAAAGACGUGCUGCAGAUUUAAUAGAACGUAUUAGUUGUGUUUUUCAAAAUAUUUUUGAUAUUAUUGAAAUUUGUGAAGCAACACCUAGUAUUAAAUUAGGCGAAAUAACAAAACAAAAUUUAACUGGUAUACAAAUAGCUAUUGGAAAUAAAUUUUAUAAACAAGAUCUUGCAACACAAUCACAAACAGCAAACUAUGAUGAUAUAAUAGAUCUGAAGGAAUUGGAUAAAGUAAUAAUUAAUUCAGUAAGGCAACCGCCAAAUCUGUUUAUGGCAUGUAUCAGUAUCGAAGCUCUGAUGCCCAAGGCUUCGAUGGUCAAUGCGUCGGCAGAAUAG